AUGCCGAACCAGACCAAGAACGCGUCCUUUUGCACCGGCGUCUGUGGGAAGGUCUUCGUGGAAACGAGAUUAAAACGGGCGACAUGUUUUCUUCCUGCGAUGAGGUUGGGUCCAACAUUAUGUAGAUCUUCCUCCUUCGCCUGCUUGUGCUGCGACAUAGCCAAGCCUACUCUGAAUAUUUGGCCGUUCAGUGAAGUAGAAGCUGCCGUCGUUUCCAGCUCAUUUAUGCUGCAGCAACGCAAGGGAUUUCUGACAUAUCAAGAUUUUCAGAACGGAAUGGAGCGUUUUGGCUACACUCUCACCGAACAGGACGCUCUUGCCAUUGCGAGGUUCUUCGAUUCCACCGAAGAUGGAAAAGUAGACUUCGAAGAGUUUUGCAAAGGAAUGCUGGAGCUGCAAGGGCCAUUUUUGGCAAACAGCCAGAAAUUAAGUGAUGCCUUGCACAGUGACAUCAAGGGAUACGGAGAGACUGCGAAGGUCGAGUUCACAAAGCUCGAGGACAUUCGAGCAAUAAAAAAGAGCUUCAAGCUUCUUCAGGCGCGUUUGUACCAGCAACCUCGUAUGUUUCAGCUAUUGACAAAGGAAUUUGCUCGAUCAUCGCUUGGGCGGAAAGUGCCCUUAAGCGAGGCGGUCCAAGUUUUCGACCGCUGCGGCUUUGAACAGUCGCAUGAAGAGAUCAGAUCCAUAGUCCAGGAGUUGUUGCCGGGUACAAAAGGUGAUGAAAUUGACUACAUCGACCUCAUCAGCCUUGAAGUCUACGUGCCGUGGAGUUUGAAAGGAAUUGCAAAGGCGCAAGUGUCCUCUACAUCAGAAUGCGACCUCGGAUUGCCGUAG